AUGCGCACACGUCAACCGAGUGAAUUUAGUAUCAAAACUCAUCACACCGUCGACUACGACUGGGCACAGAAACUCACGAGACGACUCGAGCAGGUUCUGCACGUGCAUCCGGAAAAGUACCAACAUUCACAUUCCGAUCGAAAUAGUCGCUCUUCACGUCAUGAAACACCGAACGAAAAGGAUCGAAGUUCUAGCGUCGAAUAUACGCUGCCUCCAAUUAUGGAUCUGGAGGAGGCCAAUGGGAAUUUAUUAGCAGACGACACAAGAACGGUCAGUCCUCAACGAGGAACACCGAUGACAGAUGACAGGGUCAGCGGAAGCGAUCUGGUUACGAUCAACGUUUCCGGACUACGAUUUCAAACAUUCGAGAGGACGUUAGCCAGAUUCCCAAACAGCCUUCUCGGAAAUAAGGCGAAACGAGAACGAUAUUAUGUGCAGGAUUUAAACGAGUAUUUUUUCGAUCGACAUCGAUCCACCGAUGACAACAUCGAUUGGAAAACACACGCGAGUCUGUUCGAAUCGAUUCUAUAUAUUUAUCAGAGCGGAGGACGUGUUAAACGUCCAGAAUCUGUGCCUAUCGACAUAUUUCUCAGAGAAAUGCGAUUUUUUCAGAUGGGCGAUCAUCUUGUAGAAGAGUUCUGGAUUGCUGAAGGUUACGAAAAACCAAAGGAAGCAAUUAUGCCGACGAACAAAUCGCAGCGGAGAUUAUGGGAAUUGAUGGAAUAUCCAGAUAGUUCAUUAGCCGCUCGUAUUAUCGCUUUUAUAUCCAUAGCCGUGAUUAUAGUCUCAAUUGUGUCCUUCUGCUGGGAAACGGUUCCGUCCGGUGACAACAGAGAUCCUGGUGGUCUUAUUACAAUGUCACCGAAUGCCACAGAAAAGGAAGAAGGCAGAAACUUCUCCAAUCCGUUCUUUUGGAUUGAAUUCGUCUGUAUACUUUGGUUCACUUUAGAAUUAACACUGCGCUUCAUAAGUUGCCCAUCAAAAGUCACAUUUAUGACGUCAUUUCUUAAUAUAAUCGAUUUUGUUGCUAUCGCUCCUUUCUUUGUCAACUUAAUAUGGGCCGACGCUAGCAAGUCGGGCUCGUCGAUGUCAUUCGCCGUUCUUCGAGUUCUUCGACUUGUUCGAGUGUUUCGUAUAUUUAAACUGAGCAGGCACUCGGUUGGUCUGCAGAUUCUCGGAAAAACGUUCCGGGCAUCAGUCCAAGAAUUCUGCUUGCUCAUCUUUUUUAUGGUAAUAGCACUCGUACUAUUUGCCUCAGGAAUGUAUUUUGCCGAACAAGGCGAACCACAAUCGAAAUUCACCUCAAUUCCAGCUUCAUUUUGGUUUGUGCUGGUGACAAUGACAACAGUCGGAUAUGGGGAUCUCGUCCCAUUGAGUCCACAAGGAAAAGUUGUUGGUUCGAUGUGCGCUUUGAUUGGAGUGCUUACACUCGCUCUGCCCGUACCGAUUAUUGUGGCUAACUUCAAGCAUUUCUAUCGCCAAGAAAAUCGUCUAGCCACUAUGCGAACAGCUGUGCGAACAGCGAGAUUUGCAGUGCGAGUGAAAGCACUACAAGCAGCGGAAAUACGAAACAGGAAUCGCGGGACUUUCUUCUUCAUACCGGUCGCUGCACUCUAUCAUAAAGGACCGCUGGAAAACAGUGGUCCUCAACUGUGUCGCCGUCCCCUCUUUGUCUUUUCAAUUUCUCUUAGUGUUCUUCUUUUCUUCUGUUCACUGUUUCGUGUUAUUUUAUCGGGUCCUUAUUGCUGUAUCAUAAACUCUGUUCCCUCAUAA